UGAAAAAUGCGAAGAGACUCCAUCACUUUCCAGACUCUACAGCACUAGGCCAGCAGCUUACCACCGAUCCGCUGCCACCGGCCCUCACCACUCCCCCCCUCCCCUCGCCACGCCGCCACCCACGCCGCCGUGUCGCCUCCCCAAAGAUCCCCUCUGAGGAUCGAUCGCCAGAACCCCGGAUUCCCAUCGCCGCCUAGAUGGGGUGCGCACAGUCCAAGAUCGACCAGGAGGAGGCGGUGUGCCGCUGCCGGGAUCGGAAGCGGCUGAUGGCUGACGCUGUCCAGGCGCGCAACGCCUUCGCCGCCGCCCAUUCGGCCUACACCGUCCUCCUCAAGAGCACCGGCGGCGCGCUCUCGGACUUUGCCCAUGGCGAGGCGCCCGACCCCAGCAUGAUAGCCUCCCAUUCCCACCAGGCCGCCGUUGCGGCGGCCGCAGCCGGAGCCUCGGCCUCUGCGCCUCCGCCCCCGACCACCACUACUGUCCUCAUCCCGCCCUCCCCCCCGCCCCCGCCCUUCAUGGACUUCCCUCAUGGCCUCCAGCGCUCCUCGUCAACCCCCAACAUCCCCAUGCCCGAUCCCCGGGCUGCCACCAAGAACCGCGCCCCAGCUAGUGCUGCUAUCCAGGAGGAGGAGGAUGGCGAGGAGGACGAUGGUCAUAUCAUAACUGACAGCGAUGAUGAUGAUGAUGAUGAUGAUGAGGAGGAGGAGGAGGAGGACGACAACGACCACGACGACGACGAUCACCACGAGCAUGACGAUUUCAGCAUGGAUGAUACGGUGCACGGACAGCCGCCAAAGAGAGGGGUGAUGGACAGCAUGGGGUCUUCUCCAGUGACACCACCGCCACCACCGCAGCUAAACCCAUCCCCAAUAACGCCUGCGUCUGCGACACCACCGCCCCCCAUGCCGGAGGCUCAAAUGGCUACCUGGGACUACUUCUUCGGUCCAACCCCCACACCACCGCCCACCCUGGAGCAGCAAACUGAUGAUACUUGGAUGGAUAGGCGGGAGAAGGAGUCAGUGCCCGAGGUGAAGGCACCAGUGAUGAAUCCAGCUGUUAGUGAGGCAUCUGCACCAUCACGUGGUGCUGAGGAGUGGGCGGAGCGGCCACCACAGACAGCACUGGAGAAGGCGAAGGCCAUCGAUGAGCUUGGGGCAAACCUUCCCCCGUCGAAGCCGAUUGUUAGGAAGCCACCCAAGGCACCUGGCCUGCAACCAGAAGUACACCACCAGCAUGCCUCGUCCAUGGGCUCAGUUGAGACCCGGAAAGGGAAGAUUAUGAUGGUGUCUGCCAGCCUACUGCAGAUUAUUGCUCAGCUUGAUGAUAACUUUCUCAGGUCUUCGGAGAGUGCACAUGAUGUGUCAAAAAAGCUUGAGGCCACACGGAUGCAUUACCACUCCAACCAUGCUGACAGUCGAGGACAUAUUGAUCAUUCUACGAAAAUCAUGCAUGUUAUCACAUGGAAUCGCUCCUUCAAGAAUUUACCGGACCAAGAGGAUUUAGGUGUUAAUUUCGAGAUUGAUGAACGAUUCGAAACUCAUGCCACAGUUCUCGACCGGAUGCUUGCCUGGGAGAAAAAAUUGUAUGAUGAAGUGAAGGCAGGGGAACUUAUGAAAAUUGAUUAUCAAAAGAAGGUUGAUCUACUGCAUAAACAAAAGAAACGUGGUGUUAAACUUGAAACCCUUGAGAAGACAAAGGCUGCCGUUAGCCACUUGCACACAAGGUACAUAGUGGAUAUGCAAUCCAUGGAUUCAACAGUUUCAGAAAUAAAUCGUCUACGUGAUAAACAGCUAUACCCGAAGUUAGUGGACCUUGUCGAUGGCAUGGCAAAUAUGUGGAGUUCUAUGCACCGUCAUCACAAGAGCCAGUUUUUGACCAUAUCGGGGAUCAGAGCUUUUGAGGUACCGCCUGUUCCAAGGGAGACAACUGAUUUGCAUUAUAAGCAGACCUGUGAGCUACGUGACAUUGUCAGGGAGUGGCAUAUGCAGUUUGACAAACUUAUGGACCAUCAGAAAGGGUACAUCAGAGCACUCAAUGCAUGGUUGAAGCUUAAUCUCAUCUCCAUCGAGAGCAAUCUGAAGGAGAAGGUAUCCUCCCCUCCAAGGCAGGUGGAACCACCUAUCAAGAAUCUGCUAUAUGCCUGGCACGACCUGCUUGAGAGGCUUCCCGUCGAACUUGCCAAAACUGCCAUUAAAAGCUUUACUGAAGUCAUAAGCAAUAUUGUACUGCUUCAGGAAGAGGAGGUCAGCCUAAGGCGAAGGUGUGAGGAAACUCGCAGGGAUCUUGACCGUAAGAGGGCACAGUUUGAAGACUGGCAUCGUAGGUACACAGAAAGAAAGGCAUCCCAGGGUGAGGAAGCUAACCCCGAAGCAGCCAAUACUCCAAGCCUAGAUCAUGUCAACGAGAGGAGAAUAACCAUUGAGGAAGUAGAAAUCAGGCUGAAGGAAGAGGAGAAGCUCCACCUUAGGCUUGCGAGGCAGGUGAGGGAGAAGACGCUGGCAAACCUCCGGAUGCACCUGCCAGAGCUCUUCAGAAACAUGGCGGACUUUUCGUUCUUCUGCCAUGACAUGUACAGUAGCUUGAGAAAAUCUGCAGUGCUGCCAAUGCUCAGAGACGAGGUUCAAGGUUGAUGGCUUGUGCGUGUUAGUGUUACUGUAAUUGUCCUGCCACCAGAGGCAGGCAAAUAUUAUUUUGGUUGUAGGGAGUAGUUGUUUGCUGGCAUUAGGCCGCUCUGAAUAUGUAUGUUCCAAGUGCACUGUAGAAGUCAGCCAGCAAAAUUGAGAUCAUCACCUGAUACCAUCAAUCAUUUAUCAUGUCAUAUGGUCAUUGAGGAAGUGGUUUAAUUGCACUUCUUUGAUCCGAGCCCUUACCCUUUGAUA